UCUGACGUCUCGGGCAGACGCAGUGAAAAUGGCGACGAUAGUGUGCCUGUCGCGACGCGUGUCGCCGCAUGUACGUCAUUUUCGGGAUGUUUCGCGCGCGUAUACAUCGUGGCGAACCGACAACGGUUUCAGGAGGUUUCAGAAGAGCGUCGGACUACUGGCCGCCGCUUCCAUCACGUUCCUACUGGCGCAGCAAUAUUUACGACCGAAAGUGGUGCACGCCUUGAAGGCUCGCAAGAGAGAAGAUGAUUUACAUAAAGCAGUAAAAUUGACGACGAGGGAAAGGAGAUUCAUAAAAUUCGCAUCAGUGGCAUACGAUGGUCAACUGUACAUGACCCCGCAGGACUUCCUGGACAGUGUCAUUGAUGCCGAACCUCGACCGAGGCUAAAGAGGCGCGUGCUAACUGAUCAAGAGCUUGAAGUAAUGAGAAAUUCGACUUCUUCACUGUAUCAAGGAAGUACGCAUAUGUUCCGAAAUUUACGAGACAAAGGAAUUAUUUCUUACACGGAAUACCUGUUUCUUCUAUCCAUCCUAACGAAGCCGAAAACUGGUUUUCAAAUUGCCUUCAAUAUGUUCGACACUGACGGAAAUGAGAGAGUCGACAAAACUGAAUUUCUUGUGAUUCGUCGUUUACUCGGUGGCAGCCUAAAGGAACGAGAUCUAGAUGAGUCCACGAAACGUGCAUUACAUGCCAUAAUUUCCUCGAGCGAAGAUUUUCUAGGCAAGGCAAAGCUUCGCGAAGGUCGUCCGACUAACAAUAAAUCGAACGAGAUCAUCUCAAAUUCUUACAUGGAGAAGAUAUUCAGUCAUGCGUGGAGAGGACGCCAUGGAGGCGAAACUAAAGAGGAAUUAGAGCAAUUACAAGAACGCCAAAAAACGCCGGAAGAAAUUCAAGGACAAUUUAUCGAUGACGAUCAGGGUUUGCAACGACGUCACGCUGUGGAUACUACACUGAUGGUACACUUUUUUGGCAAAGACGGAACUAAUGAAUUAAAAUAUGAGGAUUUCAAACGGUUCAUGGAAAACUUACAGCACGAAGUAUUAGAGCUGGAAUUCCACGAAUUCAGCAAAGGACACAAUACCAUCAACGAAUUAGAUUUUGCUAAAAUUUUGUUACGAUACACAUACCUGGAGCCUGAUGAGUAUGAUAAGUACUUGGAUCGAAUGUUGGACCGAACGGAGUUGCAUAUUGGUAUCACAUUCGAAGAAUUCCGUCGCUUCUAUCAAUUUUUGAAUACUCUGGACGAUUUUUCUAUAGCAAUGCGAAUGUAUACAUUGGCUGAUCAUCCUAUAUCCAAAGACGAGUUUCAACGUGCUGUGAAGAUAUGUACAGAAUUGAUGCUUUCGAAGCACAUAAUCGAUACGGUAUUUGCAUUAUUUGAUGAGGACGGAGAUGGUCAACUUUCAUAUAAGGAGUUUAUAGCAAUUAUGAAAGAUAGAUUGCAUAGAGGUUUCAAGUCUCAACAACGCAACGAAGGUUGGGAAGCGUUUAAAUUCUGCGUGAAACAAGAGAUGAAAGCGCCCUAAAGAAACAAUCGAAGUGCCAUAUAAAAAAACCGUGAAUACCUUAAGAAAAAAUAAUACUAUUCGUUAUUUACUUAAAUUCUAUAUUACUGUUUUUAUUAUCGACUUCUUUCAUACAUU